UUCAGCUAAACCCCUCAAACGGCCGUAUUCUCCAAAACCCUGAUCUCUGCUUCUCUUAUUCUUUGAGCUCCCAAUCCACCAAGUGUUCGACCGUUUUCCACUGAGAGAAAUGGCUGCUCUAUCUCUCGGCAAUUUCACUCUCUCUUCUCAUUGUUACAUGAAUCAUAGCCAUAAAUUUUCGUUACCCACAACCCACAUUCUCAGCUCAUCAUCCUCUCUUUGCUAUCCUCCCAAGCUCCGGCAACCCGUCAGAAAACUUCUCGUUUCGCAGAAACCCACAUCUAAACCUUCGGUUUCAGCGUUGUUCUCACCGCCCCAGAAGAGUAUUUCCAAGUUUUUUGCAGAAAGCAUCGCAACUGUACUGUUGGGAUCACUCGUUUUUAUGGGCUGUUUGAAAUCAAGGCCAGUUUUAGCUCAGCCUGUUCAAGAAAGUGAUAGAGUUGAGGAAAAGAAAGGUUCCCGUCUGGGUGGAAGUAGUGAUAGUGAAGAAGAGGUGAUGUGUGUGAAGUUGUUGCAAGAAAAUCCGAGAGAUGUCGAGGCAUUGAAGAUGGUUGUGAAUGUGAAGAUGAAGAAGGGAAAGACUAGUGAGGCUGUGGAGUAUGUGGAGAGGUUGAUUGAGUUGCAGCCUAAUGAGAUGGAGUGGAGGCUUUUGCAGGCUCUUUGUUAUGAGAUGAUGGGGAAUUUGAGCAAGGCCAAGAGCUUGUUCAAGAAUAUACUCAAGCAGAAACCUCUCUUGCUCAGAGCUUUGCAUGGUCUGGCAAUGGUGAUGCAUAAGAACCAUGAAGGGCCAGCUGUUUUUGAGAUGCUAGAAAGAGCUUUAGAGGUUGCUCGCCGGCAAAAAAAGGUUAAUGAAGAGCGAAACAUAAGAAUUUUAGUAGCACAAAUGCAUAUAAUAAAGGGAGACUUCGAGGAGGCAUUAGAGAAGUUUCAAGCUCUUAUUGAUGAGAAUCCAAGGGAUUUUCGCCCUUAUCUAUGUCAGGGGAUCGUAUACAGCCUACUGGACAAAAGAAAGGAAGCAGAUGCAAACUUUGAGAUCUACCGGAGUCUUGUUCCUGAAGAGUUUCCACAGAGGGGGUUCCUAGAUGAUGUCGUCUUGGCAGCAAAAACAGAAUCUAAGCAAAAGCUACGGAAGGAGCUGCAAAGAUAAAUCCUUGAGAAAUUCCAAAACUAACUUCAAACUGAGGUAUGAACAAAUCUGUACAGAGCACAAGAUUGUCUGGACGCUUUAUAAGAAAGUCAUCGCGGUAAUCCAUCCUAGAACUUGCUGAUUUCCUGGAACACAAUUUUGAAAUACUUAAACACAGUAACUUAUCUCAUAUCAGUUUUCUGCUUUGCUGUGUAAAGAUCUACCAAGAAAAUUAAUAUGAUGAUCCAGAACGCAUUACACUGUUCCUUGGAACUGAAUAUUAUUUGGUUAUGAAGAAGUGCAAAGAGCUAUUUCACUGUAA